UAUUAUUGCCAUCUGCUUGAGCUCUCACGUGAGCUGCGAGAUUUCCACGGAGAUUUUCUCUGCUGUUUCAUUUCCACGAGCUCACAGUUUGCCCGGGGUGCGGACAGAACGCAUGACAGCUGUGACACAGAGAUGAAGAUGAUUUUCAGAUGUUAUUUUGUGCUGUUUGCAAUAUGUUUCGGAGGAGGCGUUCUUUCGGCAAGGAAGAAAAUCAAAACGAAAAUUUUGACAUAUAACGCAGGCUUGACAGAAACAGAUGUACCACACUACCAAGUUCGUCGCGAAGAGUUUCUCAGAAAGCUCACCAACAACGAGAUCCCGGGACAUGUCGUCUGCUUGCAAGAGAUAUGGAAAGCAGACGACGUGGCAGCCAUCGUCCAAGCAACCAAUACGACUUUCCCCUAUACCUUCAGUGCUAUACACGCGGCUGAUGGCACACUGGCUCAACCUCCCUCGGUUCCUGCGUGCGAGCCUUCAAAGAUCAACCCGAUGCUGCAGUGCAUACAGACCAACUGCCUCAACAGCCAGAUGCCGCUCCUCGCGUGCGUUGUCAUGGCGUGCAGGUCAGAGGUCAGCGCUGUUCCCCAGCAGUGUCUUGACUGUCUGGCAGCCGGUAUGACAUAUAGAGCCUCCAGUAACACCACUGCUGCAGUCAUAAUGGGGCGUGUGCAGGUUUGUCUGAGUACGCCGUGGCAGACGACCUAUGGACUGCUAAUCCUCAGCAAGAUGCCGCUAGAUUCGGAAGUAGUUGACUACCACCCCGAUACCUCACUGUUCAUUCCAAGGGCUUAUCUCCAUUCAAAAAUUGGAUCAUGCCACUUUUUCUGCACUCAUUUGACCGGCGAACUGAGCGACGCAGCUUAUCUUGACGUUGGACCUUUCAGAACCGUAAACAAACAGAAUUUGUACCAAAUUGGUACUCUGCUGAAAGCUGCCAACCGGUUUUUGCCCCGUGUCGUUUUGGCUGGUGAUUUCAACGUCGGGAAAGCCGUUCAUGACGACAGUGUAUCAAGCAUGCUACUAAAUUCCUACAAGCUUCUCACCCAGAACUUCGAGACUCGUUACGUGAACUGCACGUAUUGUGGCACAAACCAGCUUGCUAACUCACCGAAUUACAGUUUUGCUAUUGACCACGUGUUUGUACCAAUUUCAGAUAAUCCCAACACAACAUUCUUUACGAUCGAGUCUGCGUCGAUAGAAUUGGACGCCAAAGUGCCUGACCAAGAUUACUGCAUGUCCGACCACUUUGCAUACCUAAUGACUGUUGAGGUUCGUUACACAGGCUAAUAAAGCAUACCCGCCGAAGAUGUAUGUGCUACAAGGCCGGGCGACAUGGUUCUUCACACAAAAUUUCAGGCACCACCUAGAGUGUGUAAGCCUAUAAGCCUGUGAUGCAAUAAGAACCUUUCCUGCGGGGUAUACCAUAUUAUUCAGAAUUAUUUUGCGAUAUGUUGAUUUCCUCCUGUAACAUUAUUUAUUUACGCGGCAUAAUUUAAAUCUAAUAUACGUGGUGUAAGUUGCAUCUUAAUAUUCGCUGUAUUUUCGAUUAUUUUGGUUUGGAUAGGAAUGUAUCAACUCUAGUCUAGACAGAUCAUUUUAUGGGUGAACCUAGACAACA